ACCAGCAUGUCCUGGCAUGGCAUUCUCCAAAUGAAUUCAGGUAACAUGGACGGCACAAAUGGAGUAAUAGAAUGUCUCAUUCCACUCGGAGGCCAAAGAACAUACACUUUCUUGCUCACCCAAUUGGUAUCACUCUCACUACUCCGCGCAAUACGGCAAUGGAGUUCUCAGCCCCAUCGUUAUUGCCGGCCCAGCGACUUCAAACUACGAAGUCGAUCUCGCAGCCAUGCCUAUCAGUGA